ACUGGGUUUUGCUUCCGGGUCGGCGGUGCCGGCGCCAUAUUGAUCGGUCCGGAGCGCGGAUUCGGAGCGGCCGCCGAGGGUGGUGAGUGAAAAACCGGAGCCGAUCCCGCGACGCAGCGCGCUCUCCUUUUCCCCCUUUUCAGGGGAGGAUAUGUUCUCAGCUUUAUGGAGUUUCUCAUCCAUUGAGGUAGAGUGGAAACACUACAACCUUUUAUUUUUCUGUUGGUAACUUUGAAACAUUUAUUGUUGAACCUUUGAGGAUGUGGGACCAAGGUAGUCAACCUUGGCAGCAGUGGCCUUUAAGCCAGCAACAGUGGAUGCAGUCAUUUCAGCAGCAACAAGAUCCAAGUCAGAUUGACUGGGCGGCAUUAGCACAAGCCUGGAUUGCUCAGAGAGAGGCCUCCGAGGAAUCUGCAGCACCACAACAGCCAGUUAUAAUACCCAAUGGACAGGCAGUACAUGGUAUUGAAAAUAGUCAAGAGAAUCAUGGAAGCUUUCCAGGAGAUCCAAAUUUCAACAGAAUGUGGGAACAGGACUGGGGAAUGCAACAUCAUCGACCACCUCCCCCACCACCAGACCAGCAGUGGAUACCGACCCCAGCUCCCAUGGACAUAGUCCCUCCAUCAGAGGACAAUAGCCAGGACAGUGGUGAGUUUGCUCCAGACUCUAGGCGUAUGUUCAAUCAAGUCAAUAACAACAAUUUUGGAGGAGCACCAGAAAACUUUGGAAUGGGAUCUGUGCCCGUCAGCCAGUUUGAUUAUCAGCACGGUGCAGCUUUUGGGCCCCCAGGAGGGUUUCAUCCACCUUACUGGCAACCUGGGCCACCACCAAACCGUAGAGACAGGCCAGCUUACAGAGAUCGUCCACGGUCACCUGUAACGGUAAAACAAGACCCUCCUGCACUUGAUGCUGUGAAACGCAGAACACUGCCAGCUUGGAUUCGCGAGGGUCUGGAGAAGAUGGAGCGGGAGAAGCAGAAAAAGCUUGAGAAAGAACGAUUAGAAAAAGAGCGGGCUCAGUCAUCAAAACACAAAAAAGACACUGAAGAUGUGCCUGGAGAAGCUGAUGGACCAAGGUUGCCUCACAAAAGUAAAUUUGACAGUGAUGAUGAAGAGGAAUACGAAACGACUGAAACAAAAAGCAGUGACAAACAAAGCAGGAGUCCUUCACCUGUAGCCCAGGAAGAACAGAGCGAACCUGAAAUGACUGAAGAAGAAAAGGAAUUUCAGAUGAUGAUAAUGAUGAAGAUGCUGCUUACAGAGGUACUUUUGGAAGUAACAAAUGAAGAGAUAUAUUAUGUUGCCAGAGAAGCCCAUCGUAAAGCCACGAAAGCUCCUGCAAAACAGCUGGCGCAGUCCAGUGCACUGGCUUCUCUAACUGGACUUGGUGGACUGGGCGGGUAUGGAUCUGACAGUGAAGAUGAGAGAAGUGAGAGAGCCUCUGAAUCCUCAGAUACAGAUGACGAAGAAUUGCACCGUAGAAUCAGACAAAAACAAGAUGCCUUCAGACGCAAAGAAAGGGAACUACAGCUGUUGCUACAACAGCAGCAGGAGAAACAAAUGGAAGAUACAAAGCAUCAUCAGGAGGGCAAAGUUUUCAGGGAGGUGGAUUCUAAAGAACAGAGCAAAGAACAUGGUGGUGCAGUAAAGCAGGAAGGGAAGGAAAGAGAUUGUGAGACAAUUCCUGAAAAGAAAAGAACUCACAGUGAAACCGAGCCCAGCUCAGAAGUGGGCAAAGGUUUUAGUGAGAAAGGUUUGAAGGAAAAGGUCCCCAGAAACCGAAGUUCAUCAAGUAGUAGUAGUGUGAGUAGCAGCAGCAGUGGCAGUGGCAGUAGCAGCAGCAGCAGGUCCAGAAGCUCGAGCUCCAGUGCCAGCACAGAGAGCAGCAGUAGCUCAAAUUAUUCCCUUUCACCUAAAAGAAAGAAAAAGUGGAGCCACAGCAGGUCCCCGUCCCAUAAAAGCAGGCGCCGGAGCAGGAGUCGGAGUUACAGGAGGGAGAGGAGCAGGAGCCACGGGCAGCCUAGGAGGAGCAGUUGGGAGAAAGAGCGGCAUAGGCACCGCAGUGUGUCCCGCAGCAGAAGGAGCAGAGAAAGGCACAGGAGCAGGAGCAAAAGCGAUGCGAAGCGUGUCAGCCGCAGCAGGAGCAAAGAAAGACGCAGGAGUCCCGAAAGGCGCAGGAGCCGUAGUGGAGGCAGAGUGAAGCAGAGGGGCAGCAGUAAAGACAGGGACAGGAAAAAAGUCAGGAGUGGGAGUGCAGAGAGGGUUAAGAAGAGAGAGGAGAAGAAAAGGGAUAGGGAAAAGGAACAGGACAGAAAGAAAGAAAAACAGAAGAGUAAGGAUAAGCAGAAAGAAGAUAAUGACGGCCGCAAGUCGAGCAGUCAGGAUGAGAAUAAGCUGAAGCGCAAGAGGGAAUCAGAGCGGAUGUACCCGGGAGGUAUGGGCAGUAAACUUCCGCAGCAGUACUCUAGGCAGGAUAGCAAAUCCAGCAAGAGGGGAUCUGCAAAGGAUGUCAAAAAGCACUCAGACACAGAAUCUAGUGCAAGGAGCAGCUCUCGUUCUCCAGAUAGCAGGGAGAAGAAGGCAAAGAAAUCAAAACGCAGUCGCUCAAGAUCAGUGGAAAAACCUCAAAGGUCUGGUAAGAAGGCAAGCCGCAAACACAAGUCUAAAUCACGAUCAAGGUCGCGAACACCCCAUAAUCGUAAGCAUUAAGGGGGAAAGCUGCGGCACCCUUGCUGUGAUCAGAAAUUCCAUGAGUUUUGGAGGAUUGUCUCAUUAUAGAGGCAUAUAUGACAACUGUGUAGGUGUUUAUAUGUAUAUAGGUGUAAAUUUUUUCCAAGUGCUGUCUAUAGAUCAGUACUUGUUUAGGGUUUUAUUUGUAUUGCAUUCUUCAGAGAUUAUUCACACUGUAAACAGUUUGCUUUCAGUUGUAACAUUUUAAUAUAAUCUGUAGUCGGCUGUCAAUAAACUUUUCAGGUUGGUUUUGUUAAAACAUUUCCCACUGUUUACUGCUGAUGUUAAUGGCGUUUUAAAAGGUAUGUGGAUCAAAAUCUGAAAGAGAUUGAAUGAAGAGCACUUGAACGCAAAGCCGUAAUGUCCAUUGUAAGGCUACACAAAAACAAAAGAGUCAUCUAGAUUCUGAGACCAGGUUGCAGUCUUUAAUUAAUUCCCACCUGUAAUCUGUGCAUAUGUUUAAAGCUGUAUAUUAAAUUCCUUCAAAUUUUCUCUGG